GAGCCACCUCCCUAAUCACUACGUAAUGUGCCGUGCUGCUUCUAGCGGCGCUGGUGACAGUGCUGAAAGCUGUUGGGUAUGAAGUGAAAAAGAACAGAAUUUUUGUACCAUCUGCAACUGCUUCAAGUUCAGAUCACAACAAGGAAACUGAAGAUAAACCUCCCAGAAAAAGUUGCAACAUUGAAAACACGUGGGGGAAAAGGAUCACGUCAAGGAUUUAAAAAAACAAGAAGUAACCAAAUCCUGAAACGACCAAAGAAAACGCACAUCAGCCCAGCUGAAAUGCAGAAGAGAAGCAAUCCUAUGCCCAAGCAUAUUCUGAGAAGAUAACUGAUCUGAAACCAGAAGUUUGUGCCUACUCAACAGCUUUGACAAAGCACACGUCCCAACGCUGCUCCUAGCCCUCCUCAUCCUCACUGCACCGUCGGCUCACCACCAGGUGUGGAGUGGGCUGCUGUCUGCUAGUGUCCCCAUAGUUCCCCCCCAUCUUUCCUUCCCUCUUCUACUCCUUGUUUUCUUUGUAACCUUUUUUCUAAGCAGUUUUAUUGCACCUGCAAUUGCCUUUUGAGCGCUAGACUUUUUCCCUCCCUUUUUUUUUUUUUAACUUUAUGCAACUGUCUAGACCUUGUGCCAGAAACCUGUAAGAAGUGUGUGUGUUAAACUCGGUCUGUGUGUGAAGAGGUCUGCUAAAUCAUCAAGAUCCAAACAAUAAAAAGAUUCAAGACAACCACUGAAGACAUCCAGCAGUGUAUCAUUGGGUGGUUACAAAACAGUUGUUAACAGUCAAGCAAAACGUUCAAAAAAGUAAUCAAGUACUCAAGCAAGUUUGGUCCAAGUUAAUCGGAAAAUAUGGGCAGCCCCUGGAAAGGCUUUGUUGAAUUUACCUUGCCUGCGUCGCCACCCACCGCGUUUGUUAGUGCUGACCUGAGCAGCACACCCCCUGUCGGACUCAGCCUGUCACCAUAUGGCCGAUCCAUGAGUUUUGAUCCGGGCAUGCUUCAUAACAAUGGACACACUGCAUAUGCCAAUGGCACAGGGCCUGGUAUCAGAGAGACUGGUGUGGUGGAGAAGCUCUUGACUUCCUAUGGGUUUAUCCAGUGCUCCGAACGUCAAGCUCGUCUCUUCUUUCACUGCUCCCAGUACAAUGGUAACCUACAGGAGCUUAAAAUAGGAGAUGAUGUAGAGUUUGAGGUAUCCUCUGACAGGCGCACUGGCAAGCCCAUAGCAGUGAAGCUGCUUAAGAUAAAGCCAGAAGUGCUGCCAGAGGAGCGCAUCUCGGGCCAGGUGGGGCCAGACCUGCACGCCUAUCCCUUUACUGUGCUGCAUGGUUAUAUUCAUCCAGUCGUUUCAGCUAUCCCAAUGCAUUUGGAUGGAAAAUCUGCCCCUGGCCAGGUGCCCACUGGCAGUGUUUGUUAUGAAAGAAAUGGGGAAGUGUUCUAUCUGACUUAUACUCCUGAAGAUGUGGAGGGUAACAUCCACCUGGAGACAGGUGACAAAGUCAGCUUUUAUAUGGAGACCAACAAGCAUACUGGUGCAGUCAGUGCUCGCAAUAUUCAGCUUGUGAAGAAAAAGCAGUCGAGGUGUCAGGGUGUGGUGUGCGCUACAAAGGAGGCUUUUGGGUUUAUUGAGAGGGCAGAUGUGGUGAAGGAGAUCUUUUUCCACUACAGCGAGUUCAAAGGUGAUCUGGAAGCUCUUCAGGCUGGAGAUGAUGUUGAAUUUACCAUCAAAGACAGAAAUGGUAAGGAAGUAGCUACAGAUGUGAGGCUGCUCCCCCAGGGAACUGUCAUCUUUGAGGAUAUUAGCAUUGAGCAGUUUGAAGGCAGUGUUGUCAAAGUCAUUCCCAAGGUUCCCACCAAAAAUCAGAACGACCCCCUGCCUGGUCGCAUCAGUGCAAGGAUUGGUUUCACAGACAAGGAACUGCCUUUUGGAGAGAAGGACACAAAGUCCAAGGUGACACUUUUGGAGGGAGACCACAUUCAAUUUAACAUCUCCACUGAUCGCAGAGACAAACUAGAGAGGGCCACCAACAUUGAUGUACUCCCUGAUACCUUCAACUUCACCAAGGAGACACGUGAAAUGGGAGUCAUUGCAGCUAUACGUGAUGGCUUUGGUUUUAUCAAGUGUGUGGAUCGGGACGCCCGGAUGUUCUUUCACUUCAGUGAGGUCCUGGAGGAGAGCCAGCUUCAUAUCUCAGAUGAAGUGGAGUUCACUGUUGUGCCUGUAGGUCCUGUUAAUAAGCUUUUCACAAAAGAUAUGCUGUCAGCUCAGAGGAACCAUGCAGUGCGCAUUAAGAAACUUCCCAAAGGAACCGUGUCCUUCCAUACCCAGUCUGAGCAGCGCUUUGUAGGCGUGGUGGAAAAGGAAGUUGUUGCAGCCACCAACAAGAAUGCAAGUCCCACCAAGGGCAAGGAGAAGAAAAAAGACAAGGGAAAACUUGUAGAAAAGGAGGCUGAGGAAGGAGUGAUUGCAUAUGAAGACUGUGGAGUGAAGCUCACUGUGCCAUACCAUGUUAAAGAUCUGGAAGGAGGAAGCUUCCCUCAAGUUGGAGACAAGGUGGAGUUUUCGAUUAAUGAAGUGAAGCGAACUGGCCAACAGAGCGCUGUCUCCAUCAGGGUCCUUAACCGUAACUCCUCUAAUGCCAAGAGACUGCAUGGAUUUGUUGCCGCACUGAAAGAUAAUUUUGGCUUCAUUGAGACUGCAAAUCAUGACCAGGAAAUUUUCUUUCAUUACAGUGAAAUGUGUGGAGACCUGGAUAACUUGGAGCUGGGUGACACAGUGGAGUACACUCUUUCCAAAGGAAAAGGAAACAAAGUCAGUGCUGAGAAGGUUACCAAAGUGGCUGCAGUGAACAGUGCUGGUGAGGAUGUUGGUGCUGCAGUGAUGACAGGGAAAGUCCUUCGUCCCAUACGCAGUGUGGACCCCUCACAGACAGAGUAUCAGGGGCUCAUUGAAGUCAUAGAGGAAGGUGGGGGGAAAGGGCAGAAUUAUCCCUUUGGAAUUAUGGGGAUGACAAACAAGUCAGAUUGUCUGCAAAAAGGAGAAAUUGUGAAGUUCCAGGUUUGCACAGUCACCCAAACUGGCCAGAAGAUGGCCUGUAAUGUGGUCCCUCAGCGUAGAGCCGUGGUGGAGUGUGUCAAGGACCAGUUUGGUUUUAUAACAUAUGAAGUGGGUGAUAGCAAGAAGCUGUUCUUCCACGUCAAAGAAGUACAGGAUGGCCUAGAGCUCCAGACUGGGGAUGAGGUGGAAUUCUCAGUUGUUCUCAAUCAACGCACGGGGAAAUGUAGUGCUUGCAACGUGCGCAGAGUCAGUGAGGGGUCUAAACCAGUGGUGACGCCACGACCCGACCGUCUGGUGAACCGACUGAAGAGCAUCACUCUUGAUGAUGCCAGUGCUCCUCGUCUGGUUAUUGUAAGACAGCCCCGUGGUCCCGACAGUUCAAAGGGCUUCAGUGUGGAACGCAAGACUCGACAGCCUGGUGUCAUUGACUGAGCAAUACGUAGCCUGCCCUACAUGAUGUUGGUGGGAUGCUGUCCUUGAGGGCAACAGCAAGAGGAUAAGGGAAAGUGAUUUGACUUAUGCUUGUACACCAACUCAUCCACAAAAUAUAUAAACACAUGCAGUAAUUAGCAUGUGUAUUCUUUGCCCCCAAUGAUACCCAAGGGAACUUUUUUCAUUCCAGUGUUCCCUGCCUCCCAUGUAUGAUGUACUUUAUAGUUCCACACUGCAGUGUACAUGGGAUCUCUUGAGUGUGUGCGUGUGUGACGUAUCCUAGAGGUGAUUAGUGUGUAUUGGAGGUAUUUGUUUCUGAGGGUCUUUUCCCUCUAAAUCAGAGUGACGACUGUGUGGCUGGUUAUGUCCUGAUCUUUGAAUCUGCUUUGUCUGGAAUUCUGCACCUGUAAUCUGUCCAUUAGUUUGACUGGGUGGAUGAGUGUGAUUGUUGGCAUGUAUUUCAACCUUUGCUCCAUUUUUGUUCCUCAUGCUCUUUUUGCUUACGGAAACUUAAAACUAUUUCAUUAUCAAGUUUCCUCUACUGUAUGCUUUCCUACAAAAUGCAUAAAGCAAAGUUCCCUCCAUAAGGAGGAUCAUAUUUCUCAUAUGCGCGAGCUUAACUUGAGGAUUCUGAUUCUGCUCGUUUUUUUUGAGCAGUUUUAAAAUGCUUUACUGAAGAGCUGAAGUGAAAGCAUGGUGUGUAUGUUUUGUGUGUGUGUGAUGUAUCUGAAUGUAAAAGUAGUUACUCUGAUGGGAUUUACUUUUACCAGUCUAGAGCCUUGAGAUACCUUUUGGUAUUUAUAUGCUUCACUUGAGCAAUUUUCCCAGGUGCAGAAUUCCUUGUGGCAUCUCAUAACUACAGUUCUUUUAUACUUUUUUUUUCUCUUGUUGCACUUUUAUUUUUUAUUUUAAAAAUAUUUUGCUUUAUUUUUCCAUUUAAAGUUGAUCUGCUACUAUUGAAUAAGUCAGAAGGUGCCUAAAAACUACAAGCAAAAUGAUAUGAAACAAAAUAAUAAGUAGAUCCUCUUUUUUCCAGCCAAAAUAUUCAGAACAAACCAAGGGUGGCAGAUAUUUUUUCUUUUCCUUUUAUUUUCCCUCCCUU